CAUUUUAUAAGAUAAAUCAUACAGAUUUCACAAAUACUUCUUCCAAUUUUCUACAGUAUUACAAUGUUACCUAAUUAAUUAAUAAUCAUUUUCAAUGCAACUUAAUUAUGCAAUUAAGUUCUUUACAAACAUCAAUGAAUUAACAGCACUGCCCGCAUCGAUUAAUAUUUGCACCCAGUAUAUUGUGUUGUUGCGGAAAUCUCAGCUGUUUGGAUCUUACCAGCUGAUAUUGGAAGAUCGUGGUGUGUGGAGUAAUUAUUCUUUCCUAAUCCUGAUAUUAUGUAUUAAAUUUGAAAAUAUGUUGAUUAAUACACGGAAAGUUUGCCUACUGCUAAGUCGGCAGUAUACUACUAAAGCCAAGCGUAGCCUUUUAAUGCAGGAUAAAUCAAAGAUUUUAACGUAUACGCCUAAAGUGUCAGACCCCAAAAAGCGGCGAGUGUAUGCUUGGGGGUUUCAAGAAACAGGAGCAUUAGGACUCCAAACUAAUAUUAAAAAAUCAAAAGAACGGUAUACAGAAAUGGUGCAUCACCCAACCCGUAUGCAAUUUUCUGUAAAUACAGAUAUAUCAGACAUUGCCGCCGGUUAUGGAUUUUCCGCUUUCGCUGUUGAAAGAUCAGAUGGUCAGACUCUAUUCGGCUCGGGCUUAAAUACUGAUUCGCAGUUAGGCUUUCAAGUAAAAGGUACUUUUAAAGACCCAAAAAAAUUAGAUGUGCUUAUAUAUCCAACGCCAAUAAAUCUGCCGCGACUAGAACAUGAAACUGAUGCAGAUAUGAAAAUCCGUUGUAUGUCUGCUGGUCGUGCACAUUUAGUUGUAGUUACACAAAAUGGAACCAUAUUUUCCAUGGGCAACAAUUCAUACGGUCAGUGUGGACGAGCUAUAAUCGAAAACGAGGAUUAUCGCGGAAGCGCGCUUAUACAUCGUAUAUAUGAAAAAGAAAUCUGCGGAGGGAAUGAUGACAUAGUUUCUGUAGUAUGCGGACAAGACCACACCAUGUUCCUAACUCGUUUAGGUAGCGUAUACACUUGUGGUUGGGGUGCAGAUGGUCAAACAGGCAAAGGAAAUUAUGAAACCAAUGGCGUAAUUGCUCAAGCCAAAGGAGAUAUCAACGGCGAACAUAUAGUGAAAUUGGCAUGCGCUUCUGAUUGUGUUUUGGCUAUUAACGAGAAAGGAGAUGUUUUCGGUUGGGGAAAUUCUGAAUAUGGCCAACUAGAUGACAGUGAAAAUGCCGAGACUCAAGUCAGUACACCGAGAGCAUUAGCGCUAACUAAAGGCAUUGGCAAAAUUCAAGAUAUAGCGGCCGGUGGUUCAUUUUGUAUGGCUUUAAAUGAGGAAGGACUUGUAUAUACUUGGGGUUAUGGUAUUCUAGGAUUUGGUCCUUAUGUAGAACAAACAUCGAAACCACAACAAUUACUGCCACCGCUUUUUGGUCGCAAUGACUUCAGCGAUCAGACUACUGUAGUCUCGAUUGGUUGCGGUGUUUUUCACAUGGGUGCAAUAAACUCAGAUGGUGAUCUUUUUAUGUGGGGUAAAAAUCGAUUCGGCCAUCUGGGAUUAGGCCACAAAAAAGAUCAGUUUUUUCCCUUCAAAACAGCCGUGAAUGGGAAAGUGAUUAAAGUUGCUUUUGGUGUUGAUCACACAUUAGCAUUGUGCAGGCCUUUUAUGUAAUUAUUGGGUAGGGUAGUAUAUUCUUAAUAAAUAGUGGUAAAUUAUGUAUUUAUAAAGAAAAAUAAAAUAAUUAUUUGUUUAAGAAACUUGUUGCUUACAAAAUGCGUUUGUUUCCUUUAUAAAAACCAUUAAGGUUGCGUUCAUUUGAGGCCUGUUUUUAAUUUAAAAUUCUCCUAUUAAAAAAAGGCAUACAAUAAGAUUGAAAAGGAUUUUAUUUUAUUAACAUUAUGUUUUAACAUUGAAAAGUAGAUGUUUAUUGUAUCUCUUCAUAUGCAAUUAUUAACCGUAAAAUUUAUUUGAAUUGAUAUUUCCAAAACUCACGGCUGAGCAAGUUCUUUCGUUUUAAAAUUUUACUUUUAUUGAAAAUUGAGAGAGCUCUUGAAAUAAACAUGCCAACAAUUUAACAAUAAAGUAUACAAAGUAGGAAUACAACUGUACUUUCAAAUUAAUUAAAAUGGAACUAUUGAAUCACAAUCGAUUUAACAAUAAUACUUAAUAUGGUUUACAAUCAUUUUGAGGAAUAAAAUAUAUAAGUAUUUUUAUGAUUAAAUAAUAUGUAAUAAUGCAGCAACAUGUUGUAACCGGUAAAUGCGAUUUUGUUAAUAUAUGUAUAGUAAGUUAAAAUUUUGUGUAUAAACAGUGCGACGAUUAUUAAGUUCACAAUUAAUAAACGUAUAUUUCGUAGGUACAUUUGUACAUAUAUUGUAAGACUCUCCCAAUUUUCUUGCAGAAUAUUGCUGAUAGCAUUUGUUAUUACAUAUGUAUGUCGCACUGCGUGUGCUUUUACAUGUAUAUGUUGAGAUAUACUAUCGUAUUUCUAGCACGACUUCAAUAUUUGUCACAAUUAAUUUUCGUUUAGGU